CUCAAAUCGAAACUAGAUUUUUUGGCGUCACAUGACACUGAAGUUCCAAGUGUAUCUACUAUGAAGUGAUUGUUUUAACGAAAGCACUGCCCAGAUGUCAACAGAAGAUCGCUUGUUUGUGGUCGCCAUUGACUUUGGAACCACCUACUCUGGCUAUGCCUUCUCAUCGAGAGGGGACUUCGCCACGGACCCUAUAGACAAUAUCACCACCAACCGAUGGCAAGCAGGAGAUUUGUUGUCCGACAAAACACCAACUACUCUUUUGUUGAAGCAUGUUGAACCAGACAGUCGGCAAGAGUUCGUAGCAUUUGGAUAUGAAGCAGAAGACAUUUACAGUCGUCUGCCCGAGGAAGAAAAAAAUGGCUACUACUAUUUCAGACGAUUUAAAAUGGCUCUUUAUGAUGAAGAUAGAACAGUGGCUCUUACCAGAGAUACUAAGAUAAAAGAUAUCAGGAACAAGGAGUUGUUGGCCUUGCAUGUUUUCUCCCAUUCCAUUGAGUUCCUGAAGAAGACCUUUUUUGAUAAUUUUAAGAAAAAGAGCUUACAGGAUAAUAUAGACCUCGAUAAGGAAAUCUUGUGGGUUUUGACCGUUCCUGCCAUCUGGGAUGACGCUGCUAAACAGUUCAUGAGAGAAGCAGCUAAGGAGGCUGGGUUACCUAAUAAUAGACUCAUAAUUUGCCUUGAGCCAGAAGCGGCGUCUGUUUACUGCAAGUACCUACCUCUAGAAAGACUGGAGCAAGACGCAUCAUUGCAUGCACUACAACCAGGCAGGAGAUUUGUUGUAGUAGAUGCCGGGGGAGGGACCAUAGAUAUGGCUGUCCAGGAAGUAACGGACGACAAUAAACUACAAGAAAUUGAUCAUGUCCAGGGCGGCAACUGGGGCGGAAUUUAUGUUGACAAAGAAUUCGAGAAGGUGAUUGAAGGCAUCGUAAGUCAGCCAAUUUUGGAGGCCUAUCGCUUAAACCACACUAGUGAUUACAUAGAACUUUCAAGAUUUUUUGAAAAAAAGAAAAGACAACCCCAAAAUAGUACAGUGCGUGUAACUGUGCCGUUGUCAUUACUAACAUUUGUGCAAGACAAUCUCAACUCAACUAUAAGCGAAAGUACCAAGAAGUCUGAAGAUAAUAAAGAUAUUAAAUGGAGGCGAGAAAAAAUGCAAAUGCCUCUGUCAAUUUACAAGAGAUUGUUUGAUAGUGUCACUUUACAAAUAGCACAACAAGUGGAAAGAAUAAUGAUUUCGGAAUGUAACAGGGGUACCGAUCUCAUUCUAAUGGUUGGUGGUUUCUCUGAAUGCGAGUUGUUACAAAAGGGGAUAAAAGAAAGUUUCCCAAGAUGCAAGAUUGUAACACCACCCGAUGCAGGUUUAUCUGUUCUCAAAGGAGCUGUUUUAUAUGGACAUGACCCAAGCAUUAUCCAAGCCAGGGCAGCUAAAUACACGUAUGGAGUGGCCAUAAACAAACCUUUUGAUACCAAAAUUCACCCUGAGUCCAAGAAAAAACUUGUUCACGGAAAAUUGUACUGCAAAGAUGUCUUCAGCUUGCACGUUAAAAGAGGCGACAUUAUACGCGUUGACCAGCCCCCAGUUAAGAAAUCAUAUGUCCCUCUCUAUCCCGAGCAGUCUGCUAUGGAUAUCAAGGUAUAUGCCUCAACAGCUGAAAAGGGAAAAAUUCCGCAAUAUACAGACGAAAAAAGCUGCAGAUAUCUUGGUGUGCUGACUGUAAACAUGCCAAACAUUGAGAAAGGACUAGAUCGAGAAGUGAGCGCACUGCUAAGAUUUGGGGAUACAGAACUUACUGUAGAAGGAAUUGACGAAACAUCUGGAGAGAAAGUGGAAAUACAGUUGGACUUCCUUGCUGGUGGACCUUAA